GGCAGCGCGGCGGCCGCAGUCCGGCGGAGCGCGGCAUGGCGGUGGCGCGCGGCGGCCUGCGCGGGCUGCUGGCAGCUGCGGGGCCCGCCCGGCCCCGGGCGUGGCAGUGCCCCACGGGCACACGGCUCCUGAGGCAGAGCUGCCCCCGGCCGGCGGGGCCACGGGCGGGCGCGGAGCCUGGCAGCGGGAGGCUGCCCGAGGGGGUCGAGUACAUCCCCACGCGCAAGAAGGGCAAGAACCCCAUGAAGCCGGUGGCUGUGGCCUGGUACAGCCUGUACACCCGCACACGCCUGGGCUACCUCUUCUACCAGCGGCAGGUGAAGAAGGCACGGGAGCGGUACCCCAACGGCCACUCUGCCCCCGAGCCUUGCUGCUUCCCCGGGAUGAAAAUCCUGCCCAUUCCCGUGCUCUCUAACAACUACAGCUACCUGGUCAUCGACACUGGCUCUGGCCGAGCGGCCGUCGUCGACCCCUCCGACCCGCUGGCCGUGCAGGCUGCCAUUGAAGAAGAAGGGGUGAUUCUGGAGGCCAUAUUCUGCACCCACAAACAUUGGGACCACAGCGGGGGAAACACGGCGCUCCGCCGGCAGCAUGGCUCCUGUAAGGUCUAUGGCAGCGCCCUCGAUGCCAUCCCAGAGCUCACCAACCCGCUUGCAGACAGGGAGAAGGUGAGCGUGGGCUGCCUGACCUUCGAGGCUCUCGCCACCCCUGGCCACACCGUGGGCCAUAUGGUGUACGUGCUGGAUGGGGGGCCCUUCGGCGGCCCCCCCUGCCUUUUCUCCGGGGACCUCCUCUUCCUCUCUGGCUGCGGCAGGCUGUUUGAGGGCUCCCCUGAGACCAUGCUCGCCUCCCUGGAUGUGGCCGUGGGCUUGGGUGAGGACACGCUGCUGUGGCCAGGCCACGAGUAUGCGCUGGAGUGCCUGACCUUCGCCAGCCUCCUGGAGCUCGACAACCCCGCGCUGGAGCAGAAGCUGCGGUGGGCGACGCAGCAGCGCCAGGAGAAGAGGAGCACGUGCCCCUCCACGCUGGGGGAGGAGCAGACCUACAACCCCUUCCUGCGGACGCACCGGCCGGAGCUGCAGGCAGCGCUGGGGCUGCGGCAGGCCAGGGGCGAGACCCCCGACGCCUUCCGUGCCCGUGUCCUCAAGGAGGUGCGGAGGCGCAAGGAUGCCUACAAAGCCACCUAGGCCUGCCUUCCCCUUUCCAUGGGGUGGGAGGCCGCUCGGCCAGAGGGAUGAGCCAAGACUGUGUGGUUUGUUUUGCUGUGAAUCUCCCUCCUGGGGUGCAGGUUUGGGUGGGGUGGGAAGAGUGGACACCCUCCCCCCACGUGGGCACCCCAUAAGUGAUCCCAGCCUUUGCUCCCCCAGACUUGGGGGUCACCAGCUGUGACGUAGAAGCACCUUGAUCCCCUUUCUGGGGGUCUGUAGCCCCCCCCCACCCCACUGCUGGGGCUGUAGGGACAGCACCAAGGGCUUUUCCUAACACCUUCCCUCCCCUCCACGUUUUGCUGUGAACUCCCAAUCCCCCCCCACCCCAGCACUCAGGGAGCCCCCUCUUCCCCUGGCAGCCCCAGUGCUGUACAUUUCCAUUUGAGGGGAGGCGGGGCUGAGAUGGAACCAGCAAGGCGAGGCGGAGCAGUACUACCUCCAUCAAGGGGCUUUUCUCCAGCGGCGCCUGCUUGGUGCCGGAGCCCCCCCAGCCCCACUCACCAACGGGGCUAGGGGCCAUGGGGGCACACCGGAAGGGUUGAGGGGGUGCUGCUGUACUGGGGGCAGGAUUUUCCCUCCCCCUAAAAAUAAAAGAGUGGAUGGGA